UAUCUUUGGAUAGAAACGGUGUCGUUUUCCAAAAAAGCAUCUUCUUCUUCAACGUGCGAAACAAAAAGCUCACUUUGCGAAUCCAAUAGAGAGAAAGCUUGAAUCUUUCGCGGCGCAGAAUCUCCUCGAAGAGAAUCGUAUGCAUUUUUGGAGUCCUACUCUCUUCUUCCACCAUGGGAGCUUCAUGAAACUCGAAGUUGUGUAUUAGUAGAAUCAGUUUCUUGGCUUUUAUCUGAUACUAGAAAAUGUGGAAUAUAGCGUCGAGUUAUCUCACAGGACCGAGAAACGAAGCAAGAAGACCACCACCACUCCACCAUACUCAUGUGGACUGUUCAGACGACGAUGCUUCAUCUGUAGGCAGCAAAGAAGAAGGUCUCGAGUGUCCUAUCUGCUGGGAAUCAUUCAACAUCGUCGAAAACGUUCCUUACGUGUUAUGGUGCGGCCACACGAUGUGCAAAAACUGCAUUUUGGGACUUCAUUGGGCUAUUGUGAAACUACCUACUCACCCUGUUCAGCUCCCUCUCUUCAUCUCGUGUCCUUGGUGCAACCUCUUGUCCUUCCGUCUCGUCUUCAGAGGAGCUCUUAGGUUCCCUCGUAAGAACUACUUUGUGCUGUGGAUGGUCGAGAGGAUGAAUGGGGAGAGACGCAGUUCGCCGGGGAGAGAUCAAACCGAUACAAGGGAGCAGCCACCACCUCCGUGUCUCCACCAUCGCGGCCAUCACCGCGCUCAGCCUGAACCAUCAGGCUUUGUUAAUAAUGAUCAUCGUGUACCGAGGGACAACAUACAAACUUCGCUGAGGAAGUCUCUGGUGUUCUUUGUCCAGUUGACAGCAAAGUUCCCAUUGGUUGUUAUCUUUCUGCUGAUUGUACUCUAUGCGAUACCCACCAGUGCAGCCAUAUUGGCUAUGUACAUUCUAGUCACUCUCUUGCUGGCUCUUCCUUCGUUUCUCAUCCUCUACUUCGCUUAUCCUUGUCUUGACUGGCUCGUCAGGGAGAUUGUCACAUGAAUUAUAAGUGUUUCUAUUUAUUCGAUGACUUUUCUUCAACGAGUUAGUCCUAAAGACCAGCCUCUAUGUAAGUAUAUGAUGAUUUGGUAAUUACCGGUCUUUCUUAUCUUUGUAUGUAGAUGUAGUUUUUGGUUUGCAUUGUUUCUCGAUGGGAGUUGGAGAAAGGACAUGUCCAUGUGUUGUAAGGGCUCUCCUUGUAGGAGUUUAAUAGUAGUAUUGUAAUUGAGGAUCUGCCUGAGGUUUGUCUCAAUAAGAUUUGUGUGUGAAAUGCUCGUCAUUACACGAGCUAAUGCGAAUGUCAAAACCCAAAACUACUUCUUAGUCAUUAGAUGAGAGCAAGAUUCUUUUUUCUCUUCAGAAGCAUCAGCCAUCACUUCAUCUGAAAGAAGGCAAUGAGUAUUGAGUACACACACAUUGAACUAACAAAACUCACAAGCAUAGUAACUUUCUUCUCAAGACUUUCUAAAACCUCUUUCAGCUUAUUUCUCAUAAUAGUGAAGCCUUUACUUGUCUAUGCAACUAUGCUAUGAGAUCUUAACACUAGAACUCCUUUGUUCACAAGUGAUCUGACACUAUAGUCCAUUUUAGGUAGAAAAUAGACUAUUUAUGAGUUUAGUAUUAGUGAGACGUAUAUGUCUAAGACCGCGCACAUCGAAGAUACAUAACAUACAAAAACAGAUGAUAGGUUUGAAAAGUUCUCACUUCUCAGAGUCCAUUAUUAAGAGCCACGAAACUGUUUACUAUUAUUUGGAGCUUGAUCCACUAAACUCUCAAUGGUCAUUGGACAAAUGAUUCUAAAAAUAGAACACUAAACAUAACUAUAAAAACACACACAAAAGAACUCUAUUACCAAUCCAUUCAUUCUUCAAACUUACUCCUUCAUUUUAAACCAAAACAAAACAAAAAAGAAUACAAUAUAUAAAACCAUAAAAAACAUAAAACAAUGGCAAGAGUUCAGUUAUUAUUAUUAUGUUUCACCUUUCUCUUUGCAUCAGUGACCUUUAUGGAACAUGUUUCAAGUGCCACCACCGCCACCACCACCUCUAGCACAACAGUGGCAGAACUGGAGGCUGAGACAUCCAAAGAAGUCAUGGAGUUCAUAAUGAAGCUGGAGAAGAAGUGUCCUCCAAAGGAGGAAUACAAGUCUUUCUUCGAGAAACUAAAGGCUACAAUGGUAGCCUCCGCAAAGGUUACUCAAGAAAAGAAGAAAGGUUUCUUCUCUACAGCUGCGGGCAAAAUAUCUGAUGCAGUGUCUUUCAUUGGUUCAAAGUUUACUGGCAAGUCACCAGAGGUGAAGAAAUCGAUGGAGACCUACCAACAAGAGGUGGCCAAGUCACUGCAAGAGUUAGAAGCCAUCCACAAGAAAAUCAUUGAAGCAAACCAAGGGAAGGUAGAGGGGUCAGUGGCGGUGACAGCAGAACAAAAAA